AUGUCCGAGACCGCUUUAAAAGGCAGCCUUGCUGGCAGCGCGUCGUCAUCGCCACCACCCGCAUUUCCUCGUCUCGGAUCCCGGCCUAAGAGCAUCGCCAAGCAAGCUCACAGGAUCACCGAGACCUUCGAACCGGGCUCAUCUGACGAUUCGUCGGUCCUCGAUCUUCAAAAAAGCGCAUCCAAGAAACGGCCAGCUCCUUCUUCCUUCAUUCUUCCCCGAGCGAAGAUGGCGCGGAUCAGAGAGCUCUCAGUUGGCUAUAUUGUUGAUUCUAAUCUCCCCUUUACUACCUUCGAGAGUACCUACCUACAAGAGCUAUUCCGUCAGCUAGACCCUGAUCUUUAUACCCAGGUGCCCUGGGGUCGAACUGCAGCUAAGAAAGACCUAGAGGAUAUACUCUCUUUAAAGAAAGCGGCCGUCAAGGAGGAACUCGACAAGGCUAUUACCCAGGUACAUAUCAGCUUCGAUCUCUGGACCUCUCCAAACAGACUAGCUUUCAUUUCGAUCUUUGGUCACUAUAUUGACCAGAGCAACUUAUACCAAAGCCGGCUGCUGGCUUUCAGGAGGCAGAUCGGGUCUCACGCCGGCGAGAAUAUCGCCUACACUAUAAGGAAUGUCGUCCCUUUCCUCUAUGGCGAUGAUGCAGCUUCUUUCGAACUUCAAUCUGAGGCUUAUGGCAUGCUGGAGCGGGUUGAAGAAGACCUCGAACACUGGCGAGCUAAGGGUCCAGUUGGGAAGCUUCAUAAUAUCGUCAGGUUCAUCCGAGCCUCUCCGCAACGCACCGAAGCAUUCAAAGCACAUGCCAAGGAGCAGGAGGAGGCGGACAUAUACAAGCUUGCAGAAGAAUCAACGGCCGAGCUUGAAGUCAUACAGAACAACGCUACGAGAUGGAAUUCGACCUAUAUGAUGAUCGAACGCGCCUUGAUCAAGCAGUCUGAGCUCAAUAGCUUCAUUCAAGAGCUGGGGCUGGAAGCAGACGCCUCAAGAAGGGUUCCUACAGCUGACAUCCUGACCUCUGAUGACUGGAAGGUCCUCAGGGGAGGGAUGGAGUUUAUUCUGGAACAUCUCGAAGACUGGAGGGUUCUCUACGAGGAUGAAACUGCUCAUCUAGCUGCGGAAGUAAGACAUAUGAUCCAGGGAGAGGAGCCCGAACCAGCUACGGGUGUGAAAUCAAUAUCUGCGCGACCAUCAGCAGUCGGACAAACCCGAGAGCGACCCUCACGCCAGCAACGACUACCAUCACGACUUCAGGGGGGCGAUGCUCGUUCCAUGAGCAAUAUUGCUAGUAUGGAGGGCCAAGAGCGUGCAGUAUUAGGGGCAAGCAUCAAUAAUGCUUGGAUUAAGCUUAACGAGUACUACACUCUCCUCGGGCGAUCGCCUCUGUUUGCGGCCUCUGUUGUUCUAAAUCCGGACCUUGGCCUCCGGUGGCUUGAGACUAACUGGACCUCCCCGGAGCAGCUACAAUGGCUUCGGGAUGCAAAGGAUGGCAUCAAAGGCUACUUUGAGCGUUGGUACUCAAACGACGAUGAUGCCUCUGAGGAGAGUAUUUUCGCCACGCCCUCGUUAACGCCCCGACCUGAGCAAAGCAGUGAGCUUGAACGAUACUACAGGCUUGAGCCGGAGCAGGUGAAUGACCCUAUUCAGUGGUGGAUUGAUCAUAGGAACGCUUUCCCGCGUUUAAGCAGAUUUGCAUUGGACGUCCUUGCUAUUCCGGCCAUGGCAACUGACUGUGAGAGAGCAUUCAGUCUUGCGAAGCUUACAGUCACCUCACAGCGGCAUUCCCUGCUUGGAUCGAGCAUUGAGUCGGUCCAAUUACUGAAGAACUGGAUCAGGGGAGGGCGUGUUACUCUAGGGGGCCUAUGCUUGAGCAACAAGGCCAGUUAG